AAAUAAAGGGUAGAUAAUGUAUUUCGUACAAUGAAACUCCUGCUCUCGGGUGUAGAUUUCUUUCCCGUCCAGAUUAAACCCUAGCCAGCUUUCCCAUCUCAAAUUUGAACUCAUUGAUUCGAUAAUAAGCUUCGAUCCGAAGGAUCUCUGCAUCAUUUGACCUAUUUCCGCUUCGAUUAAUCUAACUUCUGCAGCAACCACAAGAUGAAAUUGAAUUUGUUUGCCUGCAAAAACAGAGUAAAAUAUAGUCGACUCGGAAAUUUCACGGUUUGAAGACUACGGGGGACUCGGCAAAGCACUUACGGGGGAGUUUCUUCUUUGUGAACAUUGUGCUGUUGUUUCUUUCGCACUACAGGAUAUUAGUUAGCAGUAGAAAAAGAUGCAUCAGAGAAGGCCUCAUGGAACCGACGGUUCAGAUUUUUCUUACCGAAUGGUUGUUGAUUCAAGAUAUACAAAAGUUGCAGAAGGGAAAGCUAAACUUAAAAGUUUGAUCACCAUUCAGGUUGUGGCUCAAAUUUUAGGAGCAGUCUGCACAUUUCUGUUGCCACCAAAGCAGGAGAUUUUCGUUAAAAUUGCUAUCAUAUCUAUCAUUAGUGGUUUCAUUUCUCUAAUGAGUGGAGAAAUAGGUCGAAGCCGUAGCAAAGCAACUUUGUUAAGGCUUUAUACCGUCGGAUCUUCAGUUGCAACUUUGCUUUCAGUUGUGUGUAUAGCGGCAAACAAUACCUUAUCAGAGGUUAUCCAAGAUCCAAGCGGCUGGACAUCCAAAAAAUUUGAACUUAUAGAGGCUGCUCGUGUGCUAUUUAGUGUAUUACUGCAGGUCGUUGUAGUAACUACAACGCUCGCACUGGUUAAGAACAUGUCCCCUCCCAAGAGAGCUUCUUAACCUUUCCAUUAUCUAUUUUUUUGAAUCUUUUCCAAUUUUGUCAUUUACCAAAAUUAGCAGGUAUAACAUUUGUAUCACACAAACAGCUUUAGUAAUGGAAGAAAAUAUUUCUUUUUCUG